AUGAUCCAAACCACCAACUCCGACAACGCGAGGACGACCGACGUGAGGACAAACGACGUACAGAUGAACAGACGCAAAGGAGGACGACACGAGGAAUUCACUCCGAGAAUUCAACUGACGCUGAUUAGCCCCCCAGACCACACCAUGCAUCACCUGACCCCUGGACUGCUCCCAACGCCAAUGUUGGAUGGUCUCUAUUUCUAGGGGGUGAAACGGCUGCAGCCCUAAACAAAAUUAAUGGACUAGCCUGGGGCCUCAUGUAUCAAUACUUGCAUGGGACUCAUACCAGAAACGAGCGCACGCAAGGUCCGUCACGCUGAAAAAAAUCUGCAUGUAUCAAUGUGUGCGGGCGCCGAAAUCCACGUGUGUUUCCUUGAUAAAUCCCAAUCAGCGUGGAAUUGAGCGCAGAUGUCGGAGUGACUGGGGCCGCCCCCGUUACGCCCUCCUAUAAAUAUGCAGAUUUAUUUAAAUAGGGUCUCCCUGUCCUCGCACGCAGACAGAAUGACAAUUUACGGCGUGCGAGGUGGAGGUGCUGGUGGCGGAGGUGGAGGAGCGACAGCGUGUUUUGUUUGGCAGCCUGUGCAGUGGCGUCAGUGCAAAACAAAAACGCUUGGAGUGGGAGAAAGUUUGCGAGAGGGUGAAUGCGGUGGGUUCCGAGGCACGCACCCCCGCGAAGAUUUAAAAAAAGUGGUCGGACCUCAAGGUGGAGGUCAAGCAGCGUACAGCUGCCCUCCGGAGGAGUACUGGCCAGACAGGUGGGGGUCCGGGGGAGGAGACCCUCACACCGUUUGAGCAGCGGGUGGUGGAGAUUAUUAUUAUAGGGUAAGUGGCGUGUCACACAAAUGUCCACAUGCUUUGUCAUCCCACUGAGCAAAAGACGUAUAUUAGACGUCUAGUCUAAGUUUAUACUUCAUUUCAACGUCGGGAUUCAGUCUAUUUUUAGACGUGAUUUAUACUUCGCCCGAUAACUUUUUAUGCAAUAAACAACUGUAAUGUGCAUAACUGACCUCUAAAUACUGGAUUACAUUACCUAUGAUACCGUGGAGAGAGAUGUAAACACAACAGAUACACAGAAGCAGGAAUUGAAAUGAACUAAUAUUUUUAUUGUGUCACAGAAAUCAAUGUGUCGGCCGUGUCGUCGGCUUGCGAAACCCCGGCCCGCGGCAGCCCGUCCGCCGGCUCGGAGUCAUCGGCCAGGACCAGUGGCAUUCGGGCCACCCCGGCCCCCGGCCCCAGCACCAGCACCAGCAUCAGCACCAGCGCGCCGACAAGCGGUGGAGCGUCCACCAGCCGCGGCGCUUCCGCUGGACCACCCGGACGCAGUGGAACGGUCCUCGCGGAGGGGUUCACUUCUUACCCAUUCACACUGUGGCGAUGAGAUUCUCCCGCGCGAGGACGGCGGCCCGGCAGGGAUCAGCUCGCAUCCCUCUGUCUGCUGCUGGUUUGUCAUGUGGGGCGACGUGCUGCUCGGCCACAGGGAUGUGGUGCACGCUUGUCACAUAGUGAGUCACCAAACACCGCCACACAGCGUCGCCAAAGUGCGAAUCACAGUCAACGCAAGUUUCGGCUCAACACCAAUUUCUACACCACCUCCUGACUUUGCGUUGAUUAGCGGUGGAACCGACGCUCAUUUCACGAUGAUAAAUCUGGACGUGUGCGCCAAUUUUGGCGUACGCAAGGUUUUCUUGCGCCGCAAACGUUGAUACAUAAGGCCCCUGGUCUGUUCUUUCCUGAAGCUGCUCCCACCUUAAUGAACACUGAAAUGUUUGCAAUUAGAACAGCAGUCAUCCAACACAGACUCACUCUCGACAUCAUACCAACUGAGGGAAGAUGGAUCUUUUUGCUCCUCUUCUUCUCCCUCUUCUUCUCUAAACAACUGCCAUGAAAUACAUUUUAAAUCUAUGUGAAUUAAUGUGUCAGAUAAUUGAGUUGUAAUAUGAUUUUUUUUUCUUUUCUCUUUUCUUUUUUUUCUAUUUUACUUUAUUUUAACUUUUAAGUUUGUUUUUUUUGUUAGUGAUUAAUUAAUAAUCAAAAGGGAGAAUUGUAAUUGUAAAUUUAAUGUCUUUAAGAACUGCUUGAGGUGCCUCUCACAACAGACUUUCCAAUCAACAUAUCAGAUUAAUCAUGAGGUUGAGACAUCAAGAAUCAACAUCCUGCAGGAUACUCCAGGUGUGAAACAUCCCCACCACCACCCCGGGGGUGGGGGGGGGGGGGUGGAGUGGAGUGACAGUCCCCACAGAAAACAAAAGGUGCCAACAUCAGAGCCCCAUUCCUUGCCCUCUGAGAGGCAGUCGUCAAGCAAGCAUAUAAUGUGCUGUUUUCCCCUUGUUCGGGGUCUUUUCUGGAUUCUGAACUGCUCAGAUGCAGAUCGACCUUUUCUUUGCAAAGGAAAUAAAACCUUGUCGGCCGGCAGAAGUCUCUAUUUCAUUAUUCACCAGCAGCGACGGAAGAGGAAAAACUUCCACAACAAUUUGGUGUCAGAAGUGGGAUCCCUCGGGCAACCGUCUGGGACGGAGCAAAAACAAAAGAUUUCCAGCCUCCAGACCUCAAAUCCUUUUGUGAGAAGGGAGGACUGACCAAAACCGCCCCAGAUCAUUGCCGCUGGGAUUCCACGAACAAAAUUCAGCAAAUUCAUCUGGUGAGCACUGAAAUAUUGACUUUCCUUUUCUUUAAAAUUUGGGUUUUAAUUAGGCAUGACAUUUUUUCUCAUGAUCUCCAUACUUGGCGGCUUUUCUCAUUACUUGAAGCAUACCGAAGUAAUGUUAUUUUUUCUAGGGCCGACAAGUGAUAAAUUUUAUUGCUUGUAGUAAUUUGUAUUGCUCGUAGUCCUUACAGAAAGUAAUGCUUUUCCUGCUUGUAGCCUUUUCUUGGAGAAAAAAACGAAGCAAGGGAUGCUUUUUUCAUUGCUUGUAGCCUUUCUUGGAGAAAAAAAUGAAGUAAUGUUUUUUUUUUAAACAGACAAGUAAUUGUUUACAUUAAAGAAAGUAAUGCUUUUUCCCACUUGUAGCCUUUCUUAAAACGGAGGGGGGGGGGGGGGGGGUGCUUUUUCCACUUAGCAUUUGAACAAAGUGAUACGAAGCGCAGGGACGUCUGCGUGGAAUUUGUCGCGACAAACCCAUUGGAUGGGGGGGCAAGCUUUCCAGUGAGGUUGGACCCCUGGAAGGGCCGAUUGUUGAGAUCAUGAGAAAGAAAUGUGGGGACAAAAGCUUAAAAUAUUUAAAUGUCUGGAUCACUGAGUUUGGAUUCCCAACAGGGGGGUCCCUCAGUUUAAAAAACAUAUCAAAACUAGAAGAAAAACUGAAGGCAAAAGAACAAAAAAUGAGAAGGAAGAAAAAAGUGUCUGUAAGAAAAUUAGAACUCAUUGAAGGUCAAAAAGAAUGUUUACAGAUGUAGAAAACGGACGCAGAGAUAAGAAAUAAAAAGUUAAUGCAAAAACAACUACCCUUUUCAUGCGAAAAGGUUGAAACGAUUGAGAAGCCAGAUUCACAUAAACAAAGAACACAGAACUCGCAGAUCUCUUCUUCUUUGUAUCCACAGUUGGCGGCUCUGAAGCUGGAUCCAGACCUUGACGGCAACCCACCUUACCAUCCUUCAGCACCACCACUGUACAACUCUGCAACACCCAGCGAGAGCAGGCCGCAACCACAAGCAAGCUCAGAAACAGCCCGUCCUGAAAUGCCUGGUCCAUCACAAGACUCUACAACCAAACCCCCCUCUCCUCAAGCAAGCAUAUAA